UUUCCGAGGAGACCCGGCCAAGAUGGCGGAGGUGGAGCAGAAGAAGAAACGAACCUUCCGGAAAUUCACCUACAGAGGGGUGGACCUGGACCAGCUCCUCGACAUGUCCUACGAGCAGCUGAUGCAGCUGUACAGCGCCCGACAGCGCCGGCGUCUCAACCGGGGGCUGCGCCGCAAGCAGCACUCCCUGCUGAAGCGCCUGCGCAAGGCCAAGAAGGAGGCGCCGCCCAUGGAGAAGCCGGAGGUGGUGAAGACCCACCUGCGGGACAUGAUCAUCCUCCCUGAGAUGGUGGGCAGCAUGGUCGGCGUGUACAACGGCAAGACCUUCAACCAGGUGGAGAUCAAGCCCGAAAUGAUCGGACACUACCUGGGGGAAUUCUCCAUCACCUACAAGCCGGUGAAGCACGGCCGGCCCGGUAUCGGUGCCACCCACUCCUCCAGGUUCAUUCCUCUGAAGUAACGAAGCCUUUUCCACGUGUAAAUAAAGAAAUUUCUCCCA